CCGUUCAAUAUGGCGUCCUCCACAGACUGUUGACAAGAAGAAUAAAAUUAAAAAUUAAUACAUUACUUUUAGGCAUUGACUCUUACAUAUUAUGGAGACUGAAAAUUUACAUAAUCAGAAUAAUUUAGAUGAUUUUGUGUGUUUAGAUAUUUUUGAUGACGACAAUUUCUUAACAAAGAGACCCACAUGUGAUCGCUGCAAACGUCCGACAACUGUAUGCUGGUGUCCAUUUCUACCAUGUGAACCUGUGAAAGUGGAAACUAAUUUAUUCAUUCUUCAGCAUCCUUUUGAGGAAUCAAGAUGUCUUCGUACAGUGCCAAUUUUACAGAACUGUAUUUCUCCAGAGAAAUGUCAAGUAAUCAUAGGAAAGCGUUUCAACUAUUUAAGGAAUCCAGAACUAAAACCUGUGUUUGAUUUGCCGACUACCCUUUUACUGUACCCUGGAGAAGAUGCCAUAGACAUUACAGCACUGCCUACAGAUACAUCAUACACACUAGUCCUUCUUGACGGUACAUGGGCUCAAGCUAAAGGAAUCUACUCACAGAAUGCCAUUUUAAAAACUCUCAAAAAAGUACAAAUAAAAAUUGAGGAAAAAAGCAAGUAUGUGAUUAGGACACAGCCCAGUGAUACAUCAUUGUCAACAUUAGAAACAGCUGCCCUUGCUAUUUCUACCUUAGAAAAGAAACCACAUAUAUAUGAGGUAUUGACUGGUCCAUUGGUUGCGCUGUGUAACUUUCAAAUUCAACAUGGCGCCUCAGAACACCAGAGCAAAGAAUUUCGGGUAGAAAAUGGUCUGUGGCCUAAACCUCUGCGUAGAUCUGUACAGAAAAGACUGGCAGAGAAGUGGGAGAAGGAAAAGAGCAAGUCAAACAGCUAACAUUAGCACCAACUAGUCCUGUAUUCAAAUUUCUUAUGUCUCAAGGCAAUUUCAAUCCUUCUAGUUUUUAAUAUAGAUAUUUAACUGAUUGCAGAACUAAUGAGAGUAAAAUGUUUAUUUAUUUAUAUGAACUAAAUGAAUAUUUAUAUUGUGUUUGUGGUAGAUGGUUACUACUUUGUAGUAAUGGUUACUUGUUUGUAUGUGGUGAAUGGCUACUAUUGUGGUAUAGUUACUACUGCUAUAAAUGAUAACUAUUGUUUUUUUGUCUGUACUCUUCUUUAUGAAGGCUGAUGUUAUUGUUUCGGUGAAGUUGGUGUAAUGAUGAUAAACUAUAACGGUUUUAAAAUUUUGUAUUUUCAUGAUUAAGAGCAAAGGGGAAAAGUGAAGCAUAUUUAAAAUGAA